AUGCCUGCUUACAGUGCUGCAGAUGAUGCUCUGGCCACGAAGUUGGUGACUUUUUAUGAACACAAGAAGGAUCCCUCUGUCCCUUCUCACCAAGCAACUAUCCUCUUAUUUAACCCCACAAAUGGCCAUUUAAAAGCUGUCCUAGAUGGCACUGUCAUUACAGCAAAACGGACAGCUGCAGUUUCUGCAAUUGCUACUAAGUUGUUAAUGCCACCUUUUGCAGAAGUGCUGUGCAUUUUGGGAGCUGGUGUUCAAGCACGUAGCCAUUAUGAUAUCUUCACAGAACUGUUCAUAUUUAAAGAGGUCAGAAUAUGGAAUCACAACAAAGAUAAAGCUGUGAAGUUUGCCAAUUCAGUUAAUGGUCCAGUUAAAGUCUGCUCUUCUGUUCAGGAGGCAGUUACUGGGGCUGAUGUGAUUGUAACAGUCACUAUGGCAACAACACCAAUUUUAUUUGGAGAGUGGGUAAAGCCAGGUGCCCAUGUUGAUGCUGUUGGAGCAAGCAGACCAGACUGGAGAGAACUGGAUGAUGAACUGAUGAAGAAUUGUGUUCUGUUUGUGGAUUCCAGAGAAGCUGCUUGUGUAGAAUCAGGAGAUGUUAUAUUAUCAGGGGCAGAGGUUUUUGCGGAGCUGGGAGAGGUACUGAACGGUACAAAACCAGCCCUGCCGGAGAAAACAACCGUGUUUAAAGGACUGGGUGAGAACCUCUUUCUGUGUACAAGUCUGACAGAAAACAAUGCCUGGUUAUUUAUUAGGUCUCCCAUGCGUGGGAAAGCUGCUGAUCAUCUACAAAACUGCUGUGGCAAUGCACUGUCCAGAAGAAACUAG